CACAACGGAACAAAGAAAAGGAAACAACAAACAAGCAAAAUGGGCCGAAAUAUUGUUUUCUUGGAAGCCAUGGUUUUUUCUGUCUUAUUGAUCAUGCCAUUGAUAGUAAUGGCUGAUGAUAAUGUACCCGCGCCGGCGGAUUUAGCCAAAGUGGAAACUUGGUUCAGUCAAAAUGUUCAGCCCUCCGCCUCCCGGAAAGGAUUGGACGCAGCCCUGGCGAAGGCGGAGACCGGCCGGGCGAAAAUCAUUAACGUAAACGGCGCCGGAGGUGGGGAUUUCAAGACGCUGACUGACGCCGUGAAGAGCAUCCCGGACGGGAACACGAACCGGGUCGUGAUCAAAAUCGCACCCGGAAAAUAUAACGAGAGGGUGAAGAUCCCAACCACCAAACCAUUCGUCACAUUAUACGGAGACCCGAAGGACAGGCCGUCGUUUCUUGGAUCCGGUACAGCAGCCCAAUUCGGCACAUUAGAUAGCGCCACCGUUAUCAUUGAAUCCGAUUACUUCAUGGCUGUCAACAUCGUUUUUGUGAAUACAGCUCCGAGACCGGCAAUGGGGCAGAAAGGUGGUCAGGCAGAGGCAUUGAGAAUUUCAGGGGACAAAGCGGCCUUCUAUAGUUGCCGAUUUAUUGGGUUUCAAGACACCAUUUGUGACGAUAAAGGGCUUCAUUUCUUCAAAGAUUGCUACAUUGAAGGAACCGUGGAUUUCAUUUUUGGCAAUGGCAAAUCCAUCUAUUUGAAUGUUGAGACCCACGUGAUACCGGGUGAUCCGGUGGCCUUCAUCACCGCACAAGCAAGGCAUAACGCGAAUGAAGAUACCGGAUAUUCAUUUAUCCACGGCAAGGUUACCGGAACCGGCAAAACCGCUUUCCUGGGAAGGACAUGGAUGCCGUACGGCAUCGUCGUGUUUUCUUACACUGACAUGAGUGACGUGGUUCAUCCUGAAGGGUGGUCCGACAACAAGAUGCCCGAAUCUGACAAGACGGUGCUCUUCGGAGAAUUCAACUGUAAAGGAGCCGGAUCGAAUUUGGCUGGUAGGAUUAGUUACACCAAGAAGCUAACUGAAGCAGAGGCCAAACCAUAUUUGAGUCUUGGAUAUAUUAAGGCUUCUACCUGGUUGCUUCCUCCCCCAAAGCUUUGAAAAGAUUUGCGUCGCGCGGGAACAUAAUUGGAUACUUUUAUACUACUAUAUGAACACAUAGUAUUAUACUCUCUAUUCUUUGACCUCGACAAGAGAGGCAUUGCAAAUAAGGUUUCUAAUGACCGUAUCGCAUAUUUGUGGCAUCUGCUGCAUAAAAAACCAGUGGAAAAUGCAUCACUGAAAUUAUAUAUAGUGUUGAAAAAGUAGAAACAACAGAAAAACAAUUUUAGUUUCAGAAAGAAUGGUCUUUUACCAUUUAAUCAGUACCAUCGGAAUUUUUGUCGUUGAGACAAUUAAUUACCGUCUUGGUCGACGAUGUAGUUAGGCGUGUAUGUAUUAUUUACGAACCCUUUGUCGGUAUAAAAAUUAAUAAAUCUACUCUCUCAUCGGCUACGUGGAAGAUUUUUGAGUUAUGCUUCCAUGUACAAGCGCAAAGCCAAUUGAUG